CCUAUUCACCGAAACCUCGAUUCUUGUUCUUUGGGCGAUUCUUUUUCUCCGGGCGAUUCUUUUUCUCUGGGCGUUUACAUUCGUUCGAUGGCUCCUCCGUCGAUCACCGGAAAGUCUCCUCCGCUGAGUUUGAUCACCGGAAAGCCUUCACCUCUGAGUUUGAUCACCGGAAAGCCGGUGAUCGUUAGGGUUAAGCGGAAGGCCUUUCAAGCCAAACUCGAUGCCUUCUGGUUGGAGAUUGAUGAAAGGCCACAUAAAAAAGCAUUCUUGGGUCUUGGAAAUCUCUCCAUAUCUGAUUGCGGCACAGGAAAAGCAACCUUCCAGAAAUACAAAAGAAUUUAAGGGGAGAUCUGACCGUAGAAGUUUGUAUAAACCUGAUAAGAAACAUGAUCAAUUACGGUCCAAGGCUAUAAAAGAGCAUGAGGAUCUCACUAGAAGUUCUCGAUUUGAACAAAUAUGGAAGAAAAGGGGAAGCAUAGAUGAAGAAGAAUACUCUUUGCAUGAAAAAUGUUAUUUGUAUGAUGUUGUUCGAGUUGAUGCUGAGGAUGAAACUCACCAAAGGGUGCCAAAGGCCAAAGAUGCUCCUGAUGUUGAUGGUGCAAUGUUGGAUAAGUAUUUACCACUUCUAAGGGAAUUCCUUCCACAAGCAGUUGAAGAGAUUGAACAUUACAAAGCAACUACAGAAGAUAACUUUGUUUACGACAUAUAUACCCAUGAAGUGGGUGUGGACACAAACACGGAUAACACUGAAGAGUAUCCAUUAGUGCAAGUUUAUAUGGAGGACGACUAUGAUGAUGGUCUAUCACAAUCUGAUUAUGAAAGUGAUGAUUCAAAUGCUGAAAACAAUCCAUGGAAUGAUUAUUGUGAUGAAGAGACGUCAGAAGAUGAAGAUGAGAAUGAAAGUGCUUUCGCUUACUUUGAAGAUUCUGACUCAAAUUAUGAACAAGUUGCCAGUAAAGAGGAUGAUCUAGAGAACUGGAGAUGGGAUUAUCGAUAAAUUUGUCUAUUGAACAUUUGUUAAGUUGAAGCAAUCACUUCAGAAGCUGAAGAUGAGAAUAAAAAUCCUGUCAUUGAUUAUUAACGACGAGUUGGCAGUGAAGAGGAAAGGAAAAUCGAGAGAACUGGAGAUGGGAAUAUGUCAAUUCAUAGUGAUUGUCUCAUUUUGAUGUAUAUUUUGUGGUGGUCGAUUUUUCAUAAGACAGCCAAAGUUGGCAUUUAUUCCUGUAGUGUGUUUGGUGGUUAAUGUUUCAGAACAAUGUAAAUAUUAAUUUUUGUGCAAAUUAAUUAGAAAUCUAAAAAUUUAAUUUUUCAUGCUAA